GAUUGAUUGAGUUUGAGUUUGACAUUUUAUUCCUCCAAGGCAAGGUUCAAGGAUUAAUGAUUUUUCGCAUUUAUCAAAUAUUUUCUCAUUUAAAAUUAUGAUUAAAGAACAAAGUAGUGAUGACUAAUUUAUACAUGCGCUAAUCUUCAACCAGUUAUCAGGAAUAAAUAGGUUUAUUUUUUAUUAUUUACAUUCAGUUAAGUAUAGGUUAUCAAAAUAUAUACAUACAUAGAGAAAUCUACAUUAACAGGAAAUGUUAGUGAAACAAAAAGAAAGUGAUUCAGAAAAAUGUGACGAAGAAAGGUGAAAUUUUGUUAAUUAUUUUUUUAUCAUAAAACAACAUAGUCUUCACGUUUUCCUAUUAGAAUGUUAAGAUAUCUUGUUGAAGAUGAGAUUAGUCAAUAAAUUAUUUUGUUUAAUGAUCACACCAUUUUUUAAAGUGCUUUCAAAAGUAUACUAUGUAGUAGCCAUUACAGUAUUAAGUUGGGUGAGCCCAAAUUGGUUGUCAUGGAAUAAAUACUCAGAAAGUAUGUUAAGAGCCCUAGAAAAAAGAAUUUUAAGCAUACUGAAAGUCCCCUACAAAGGAUUUUAUGUAGACAUCGGACCAGUUGUCGGUCCCGCUGACAAGAUAUGGACACUCUCCUUCAACACAGAGUCUCAAAAAACUCCCUUGGUGCUCCUACAUGGCUUGGGAUCAGGCGUGGCGCUGUGGUGCUUGAAUUUGGACACCUUCGCUAAUACGAGACCAGUAUAUGCUAUAGAUGUAUUAGGAUUUGGUCGUUCGAGUCGACCCACAUUCAGUCAAUUCAGCAAAGAAGCCGAGAAACAAAUGAUAAGAUCCAUUGAAGAAUGGCGCAAAGAACUGAAAUUAAAAGACUUCAUCCUGUUGGGUCACAGUAUGGGGGGCUUCUUAGCAGCAUCCUAUUCGAUUUCGUAUCCCAAUAGAGUGAAGCAUCUCAUUUUGGCUGAUCCGUGGGGAUUUCCGGAACGUCCCCGAGAAUACAAUAAUAUUCCCCUUUGGAUCAAAACGGUAGUGUAUGUUCUGAAGCCCUUCAAUCCUCUUGCAGGAAUUCGGGUGGCUGGACCGUUUGGACCAAAGCUGAUCAAUACCAUAAGACCAGACAUUUCAAAGAAGUAUGCCAUGGCGCUAGAGGACACCAAUCUAAUACCAGAAUAUAUUUAUCAAUGUAAUUGCCAAAAUCCCAGGAAUAAAACAAACGACUUUACUCAACAAUAUAUUAAAGCAAGAAUUGUAACCAAAUUAAAAGAUAACUGGGCACUAUCAGAGGCAGCAAAACAUUUUAACAUAAGCAGAACCACAGAUUUUCUAUUAAUAAAAAAUGGAGGGAACAAGAAACUCUCAAAAGAAAGCGAGGAUCUGGAAGACCAAAACUGCUAAAUUUAGUGGCGAAGGUGCCUAUCAUGCCAUGAUGGCAGAUUUUGGAUGGGCAAAAAAUCCAAUGGUUAGACGGAUCGACAAGCUCAGACAAGACUUACCAAUUACUCUCUUAUAUGGAUCUCGGUCGUGGGUGGACCAUUCUGCAGGCGAAAUUCUCAAAGAAAAACGAGUCAACUCCGUUUUCAAAUUACAAGUGGUAUCAGGUGCUGGCCAUUACGUUUACGCCGACAAACCAGAAGCUUUCAAUCAAAUAGUCCUGGAUGCAUGUGCUUACACCGAUUCCGAAGAAAAACGUCCCUUAGCAAUAGAAUCCGGUAAAGGAGUAGAAUCAGAUGUACCAGAAAGUGAUAUCAAACAGUGAUUAUUUAAUUUUGUAUUAUAUUCAGGAAACUAAUCUAUAAAAAUAACUAUUUAUUUUAUAUAUCGUGACUUUAAUUAAUUGUACGACUAAGUUUUCCUAAAAUCAUCAUUGCAGAUCUAUCAAUUUUAAGCUAUUGCGACCACAUAGUGUUGUAAAAUCUCUCAAGUAGAAGAAUAAUAGUAAUAAUAGUAAUAACGAUAAUCAUGCUAGAGUUAAUGAACUUAUUAUUAUAUUGAACAUUUCAAUUUCUUUAUUCGACAAAAUACAAAAAGUUGCUAUUUUCUAUUUUCGUAUAGAAAUUGUUCUAUCUCUUUCUAGAUAUUUUAACUUAUCAGUAGUUAAAAAAUAAUCUCAUGCCAUUGAUAAAAUACUGUGGUAACGAUAAAUGUUUUAUUGUGUUUUGUGCAUAUAAAAUACAUUAACAAUAAUAAAGAUUACACCUACUACGCUUGUAUUGAAAAUACAAGUUUUUACAAGAAUAAAUACAUCACAAAAAUUUUGAUUGCCAUAUUAUAGCACGUCUAUUACAUUGCCUUCUCAUUGAUGACGUACAACGAAAGUUAUAAAGAAAAAUUCUAGAACUUUUAACAAUGUUGUUUACUUUAAAAAAUAGUUACCAUUAUUAAAAAAAAAUUUAUAGUUGAUAAGAGAGCAAAAUUUUAAAAGACAUUCAAAAGCUAUCUACCCAAAAGUUCGUUAUAUCAGGUAUUCAAUGUACCUACUGACUAGUAACCGUCAAAAUUAACAUGAAAUAAGUAAACAAAUAAGUAUUUAAAAAAGUUUAAAAAAAAUCUAUUAACAUCGAAAUAAUGUAAAAAAUAGAUUAAGUUGUAAAAAAUAGAUUAAGUUAUACUCGGUUUGUGGAUCCCAGUUCCAACUAUCUAGUGAAUUUAGUAAUUAUUUUUUUGCUUCGUUGGUAAAAUUUUGACGUCGACAAGAAGUGGCUGGAAAUUACUACACAACUUAGCAAACACAUAUUAAUUGUAACUUAAAGGUAAAAAAAAUAUUGAUAUGCAGUUUAUUAACGAAAUAAUACUACAACAAUUAAAACCAAGGUUAAAAUGUUUUUUUACAAAUGGAAAGAUUAGUAGUUACCAAGAAGUUUUUGCGCAAUCACCAUGUAUUUGGUGUAAAUAUAGUAGGUACUCCCACUGCCAAAAACUUAGUAAAUAAAAUAAAAUUUUAAAACUAAUUACCGAUCAAUCAAUAUUUUGCCAUUCAGAAUAAUUUUCUUGAGUUGUAUACAUUUUUGCUAUUUGUAGAACACAUAUUAUAAAAGAUACUUACAGUCUUGGUAAAAUAUUGAUAACAAAAAUAAAAUUAUUUAUUGUAAAAAAAAUAAAGAAUAUUUUGGGGAAAUAAAUUCGACAAAAUUAGGCCAUCAAUUACGACAUAUUUCAUUGUUAUGGUAUUUUCGUAUGAUCCAACAUAAACAUCGUUUUUUUAGAUUGCAAAAUAAGGCUGUAUAAUUAACUACGAAAUCAGAAUUUAGUAAGGCAAUACUAUGAAUUAGUCUACAAUUGACACCGUUAUGUUUGACAUUCUAGAAUUGCAAUAUAGGUUUUUUUACUCACACAACUGUAUAGACGAGUUUGACAGUUGAAGUGUGUAGUAUGAGAUAUUACAAAAAGAUUCUCAUCUAGAGAUUCAUUAGUGGAACUAUUUUUAAAUAAACAAUCAAAACGUCAAACUCAUUAUUUCGCUUAUAACUUAAAAACUUAUUUAUUUAGAGAUUUGACGCCAACAGACAACUUUGUUUUGGAAAAAAAGAUACACAAAAUGGGAUAUGCUAAAUUAAAAUCGGUUAAUAAACAAAAUAAAUAUUGUAAAAUGGCCAACAAAGUCGCUGUUUUUGAAUAUUGUUAAUAACUUCUUUAUUAAAAUUUGUUUAAAUGUAUCUGAAAUUUAGGGUCGUUUUUGAGUUGUGUACAAAAGAUGGACGACUGGUUGAAUAGUUUUUAAAUUUAAUUUAUCAAUUUAAUUUAAUAUAUCAAACCUGUCGAUACAGUUUUGACGAGAAAAGAUUUAUUUUUUACUCACUUAAUUGGUCUAAAGCUCAGUGAAGUGACUAUAUCAAAUUUAAGUAUUAAAAAACACCUAAACAAGUGUUAAAAAUAAAAAAUUAAACAGUGUUGUUAUCUUUGGAAAUAAUUAACGCACAAAAGAUAAAUCAUUUGUUGAUUGAAUUAAAAAAGAAAAAUAAUUAUUUAUACACCUACUAACUUUCUCCAAGUAAUUUUUUUAAGUUCCUCGCAUAAAACGAAUUCCACUAGACUUUUUUUCUACGACAGAAGUCAUUGUCUUUUUAAGUUAAUGUUUACAAUUAAUUAAUGGCACCAUUGAAUUCUGCUAAUAAAUAAUUAAUAUAUUUGUUAUAUUCGCUUUAUUGUAUUGUUUUAAAUUAUGUCAGGAGAAAGGGCUGUGAUACAGUACAAGGAUUGCAAAUAAAUGUUUUUGAUAU